UCUGAUCUCAUUUUUUAUUUGUAGACGACACGUGCGCACGAGUUGUUUAUAUAUCUAUAUAUUUCUUUUUGGAAGGGGAAGAAUUGUCGAAUUCUCGAGGUUAUGUUGGUUAUGUUUAUGAGUAUAUUGUUUACAAUAUCAAAAUUAUCGGAAAAUUCUCUCGGAGAGAUAACGACAACUACGGAUCAAAUGAGUAAAUGGACGAGACUUUUUGUUUUGUUUGUGGUCUUGGAGAAAAUUAAUGAUGAUUUUACGAAACAAGUCUACUAGGCCGUUUUUCGAGAGUUACUAAUAUUGCUAUGUCAGGAUUUGUUUUGUGGCAUCAACGUAGUUAUUCUAAAUAAUUACACAAUGGAUGCUGCGGAAGCUGAGAAGCCAGAAGUUCUAGAGGCAGACACUGUCUAUCUGUUGAUGCAAAAAGAUCUUCCUAUAUCACGCAACAGCAGAGCACAGUGGCUACUCAACCAUUUGGAAACUGUCAUCGCCAUACAAGAUCCUAAUGCAGCUCUUGAAGAUGCUCCAGAGUUGGAAAUUGUUUCUGUAUUGCCCAAAAAAGGAUUCCACUCCUGGUCACCUGAAACUAGCUACCAGUAUCUUUACAAAGUUUCAUCAUCAACUACAAUAAAAUUUCUAGCUUACAAAUACAAAAUGGUCUUCAGUUUGGAUCUUGGUCCAUCUCUUGCUACCAUUAAUGUACAAAAUGGGGAAAUCGUGAUUGAUGAAGUUCAUAUAGCUAUGAGGAGAUGCCUUGAAGGAUUAACAAAAUCAUUUGUCAUUCCUGGAAGCCAAAGGAUACUUUAUCCAGAAAUUUAUGUGACUGUGAUAGUUCAUACUCCAUUUUUUACAAAUCCAGCCCAACAAGUUUUAAUUCAAGGCUGGCUAGUCACUGCAGAAAAUGUCGAUACUCUAAUGCAAGCCAUAGAAAAUGAAUUAGAUAUGCUGGAAGAAAAAGUCGCACGAGUUACGAGUUUAGUUAAUUUACAAUUAGAAUCUAGAAGGGCUGAAAGUACCAAAUUAGUUGGUGGUCUGUUUGAAGAAGGUGAGCCCAAUGUUGGUAUAAGUAAUGUAUGCAAUACUGUAUCCGCAGUAGCUAUGAUGUCCCCAGAGAGUAGUUUUGUAAAUAUGUUGCGGUAUGGAAUGCUGGCGUUGUCUUUACUGCCGGAACACAGUUGUUCUCAUUUAGUUAUAUUGUCGGAUGGAAUCGUCGGCGUUAAUGAUAUUCACGUGAUGGAGUCAGUUAUUCAACAGUUAAGAGGAACUGCAAUUUCCUGCAGCUUUUUACACGUUGGUAGCUCAUAUCAUCCACAUAGCGCAAAUGGACUAGUGCCAUAUACAGAUCUAUUACGUUUCAUAUCUCUUGCGACUUUAGGAAGUUACAUGACGACUUUUCCAAUCACCGACACAGAAGAUCAACGCAUAAACUCGUAUCACGAAAAUUUAUUGUGUUGGCAAUUGUAUCGGCCAGAUAAUUUGGAAGUAGCCAGUCCGGACCCGUCUGCGUGGUAUACGAAAAACACCUGGUUUUACGGCCACGAGCCACCUCAGCUUCUGAGAAAAAAACAAGUCGACGACCAAGUCACCUGUACCCUUUAUAGCCUAUUGUGCUGCAGAUUGCGCGAAGGUUAUCUGAUCAAAAGAGCCACUCUGCGCGAGGGCUCCUUGGAAAUAUGCUUCGUUUUGCCUUGGAAAACGCACGUUUACGUCGAGUACCUAGUCACCUGUCCUCGAUUCACCCGAUCUCUAUCCGUUUGUAGUACGAUACAGUACACUGUAACCAUCGAGGCGCCCUACGACUUUCUCCACGACAUAACGUGCGUAUCGAAAAAGCCCCUCAAGUCCCAGUACAGACAGAGUAUGGUCUCGCGCUUCUGGAGCGCUCUCACUUCUCUGACGGAAAGCGACGGUAUGCUGGCCCACUUUAGCUGGUUUCCUGGCAUGGGUUGGCCCUGGUACAACGUUCCCGACACCAUCAGAAGUGGAAUGCCAGUGUUCUAUCUGCCAACGUCCUCCUCAAACUCCAUUCAACUCAGCGACGCCGCUUGUCAGCAAUUCAGCCAGAUCUGGCAGCCCGUCGUUUCGCUAGAGCCACACCAGUGGUCCCGUUGGCUGCACACGCAGCGCGUGACCCUCGUUCUUUCGCACGACCGACCGCUCUCGAAGCACCUGCACCAAGCGAACCAGAGCGGCCGUUUCCAAAGUGUGCAGUACCGGCAGGCGGCGACGGUUCUCUACGGGAUGCUCAAGUCUUGGGCUACCUUCGUGCUCGUGGAAAACCACACGUACGUGCAGUUCAUCCAUCUCGAGCCGGACAAGCCGCCGAUCUCGUUUUCCCUGAUAAGCGUCAGCUGCAAGGCUCUCUGCGUCGUGCUGAACGUGGCCUUUGCGGCCGGCACCGACGGCGAGGUGCGCUACAACGUGAUGGCCGAUCUGCUCGAACGGCUCAGCCAGUUGAGCCUUCCCAGCCGCAAGAGCGGCCAGACCGAGCUGCCCUGCUGCUUUAUAUUGCAGAAGGCGCUCGAAAAGAUCUUGAUCAGGUACGAGCGCAUGCCAGCUGAUCUUGGCACUGUCGUCUUCCCCGACGGCUCGCAGAUAAUCGCCAGGAAUGUCUCGAUCGCGGGUGGCAGCCCCACGACGACUCUUAGUCGCUACUUGUAUCACACGAGAUGGCUGUGGUUGCUCAAGAGACCCGCGCUGCAAACGGUGCCUCCGAUAGGCCUACCGAAACUCAACGUCACCUCCGUAGCCAGGAUCCUCUCGACCAUUACAAAAAUUCGUCUGGCCGAGGGUUUUAAAUUUGCUUACUCCUCCGCGGGCAUAAUCAAUACCGUGAUGGAAAUCCAAAUGAAAGGACCGAGCAGCGACGAGAACACGUAUCCCUGUUUGCUGCAAUACAUUUUAUUUCCUCCGCACAGAGCUGUGGUUCCAGGAUCAAUGAUGGAAAAAGACAGUGGAUCUGACGAGGAUACCGAUGACGGUGAACUUUGUUAUGACAAUUUUCCCUCGAGCGGAGAUUUCCAAAUAGUCAUGGAAGUUUGGGUCGAGCCCCAGUGCGGGUCCGUCGAUCCGAGCACGCCCAGAAAGGCCUCCUACAUGCAUUCCCUACAGUACAACCAACUUCGCGACGCUAUCGGCAAAGUGGACAAGGAGUGCAUCAACGCCCUUCUUACGCUCGAGUACCUGAGCCUCAUGUGCCUGGAAUCGGCCGUCGGUGCCUCGGGUGGCCAAAAGUCGCAUCAACAGCCAUCCCACGUAAUCGUCCAACCAAUGAAUGGCGGCUGCAUCGGUCCAGGAAAGACGCCGAGACGACCGAUCCCACCCGAUCCCGUCGAAACACUCCUGAUCGACGAUCGCAUUCGCUCGACCCACUUCGACUUUGACGUGCUCGGCAUCCUCACGAAAUUCCAACAGGCCGAGCUGCUCUUCUCCAUGUUUGCCGACGACGAGAACGAGGAUCAGCUCGACAACGGGAACGGCAGCAACGGCGACCCCAACGGGAUAUUGAUGGACGGUCUGUUGGCCCACGUGAGAAGCUUGCACAACAAGGAGCUGAUCCUGAGCCCAGCCGAGUCGGACAGGUUCACGGAAAUGCUCGGCUCCCGGCCGAGACCCGACGGAGAUCCAAAACUUCUCUUCGGCCAGUCAUGUACGCGCGACAGCCCAGACUCCGUGGGUCAGGGCAACGCGUCGGCUAAUCCGCGUUGGCGGUGCUUCGUCAAGGGCAUUAGCAUGACCCACGUCAUCGUGAGCCUAUUGCCGGCAAGCGAGGGCGACGCGCGUCUCAUGGCUUACCCCGUGGACGCGGAGCGACCCUCGGCACUGAGCGCCACGCCGAUCCCUUGCGCCAGCUGUCCCAAUGAUUCGGUCGUCGAGCAACGCCAACCGCAGCCAACAACCGAGGCUGGUGGCUCGCGAUCCGAUGGGAACGCGUCGCCGGUGCAGCGCCCUCUCGCCGGCUAUCAAGAGAGGACCUUGGAUCUCGACUACUUGCGGGACGCGCUGGUCUUCGGCACGCCCUGCAGAGCUUCGAGCUCCCUCAGCAGGCCGAUCGAGGGUUCUAGGCAGGCGCUCGUGUUGCCCGUCUACGUGUACGACUGCUCGCUCGCUCUCCUCGUCGACGCGCUGGUCGAGAAGCUCGAGAGACCGCGGGCUCGGGAUGUGCAUCGCGACCACACCUUCCAGCUGGCUGAGCACUACGCCCAGAGAGAGGAUUACCUCAGGCUCAAGUCUGGGACCGGUGGUGGUGUCGGCAGCAAGCCCCCCUCACCCGAGCCGAGAAGCGAGGACUCGGACAGCCUCAUCAGUGAUCAGCGCAACCUCUCGAAUCACCUGAAGGUCCUCAAUCUCGCGCAUUGCAACGCGUACGUCGUCGCGGUUUACAAAUCAUUGGUGCUGCAGCGGCCGCUCGCCCACGGGGACAUGGACGCCGCGGUCGAGCAGUGCGAGGAAAACCUUCUCGAGAUAUCCAUUACCAAGUAUUUGCGGGCCGUUUGCCGGCACUUGGACGCGUCGUCGACCGACGAAUCGAAUCCCUGCGAAUGCAUGGGCAACAUGCACAAGCUCAUAAAGGACAAGUUCCGUAAAAUUAUAAGCGUCGCUUUCAGGCAGGUGCCCGUGCAUCCGGACUUUUACUACUGUCUGCCCUCUUGGAAGCAGGAACACCUGCGAGAGUCGCCUCAAUUUUCCACCAACAGCGACGACAAUGAUGACGAUGACGACGACGACGACGACAACAUUCGCUUCAGUUUUAACGCUGCGGAGCCAGUCAAUGGGAAAAUCAUCGGCUCGUUAAAGAGAAACAACAACGCGAACUCGUCGGUGGCUGCGUGGUCGAAUAGUGGCGGCCUGUACGACCGGCCUAAGCUUUCGGGGAGCUCGGACACGAUCGAGUCUUUCGUCAGUGACACGCAAACAGAGUCGGAGCGCGAUCGCGAUCAGCCUCUGUUUCUCCAGCUCAAUUGCACGGUACACGACAAGCAAAAGUUCACCACAAGCGCCAUAAACGUCCUACCAACUUGUUUCACCGAAAUAAUACAGAGCCAGGGCAGUCACGAUCCAAAGGACACGUACUCGUCCGAUCUGAAGGUCACCCUGGACAUUAUCUGCCUCCACUUGCCGAAAGAGGUUCUCGAGGUGAGCAUCGAUCACACGCCCACAGGCUUGAGAACAACGUCCUACUGUAGCGAGAGUAGUGCGCAAGUUGCGAGCGAAGCUGAUACCGAAACCGACAACGAGGCCGAAAACGACAGCAAAAGUAAGCUUGAAAGGCUAGACUCAACCGGUAUCGAGCAGCCCAUGUACCAUGACAUUUCGAAUUUGCCGGAGCACCAGUGUAGAGCGGUCAAGAGCUUUAUCGAAGAAGUCAAGUGGCUUCUGGUGGACGAAACUAUAGCCGUGCUGCUCGACAAACCGAUGCCCAACGAGGAGACCCUCGACACGGUGGCCAAACACGUUGCCACCUCGAACAACAGGGACAGCUGCUACAUGGACAAAGUACCCCUGCACUUUGUCUUUCCGUCUGGCAACAGUUUGCCCAGAUUCAUCGAGGAGCUCAAGAAAUUGACGAUCGAUCGUUAUUGCAUUCGACAGGAGGGCAACCUCUUUUACUUUGUCAAGAGAGCAGGCGACUCGCCAAGACAGACGAAUAAAACUAGCGAAAAAUCAGCAGACAUGAGUGCUUUCGAGGACGACAAUUCGGCUGUUUUCACCAGCAGCAACAGUUCGGGAUUAGUGAUGUCAUCGCGAACUUUGAGAAAGCGAGCCGCGAGCGAGCCGCUGGCCAGCAGUUACUCGGAAAACUCGAGUCUCGGUGAAAACCACGGGGUCAACGACGACGGCUACGAGGGCGACACCAGCGAAACCGACGACGAGGACGAGUUCCAAUGGCUGGCCGAUCUCGAUCGCCGGCGCGACAAUUUGCCCAACUUUUGGCUCAUCCUGCGAGUCGAGCACGACCUCGUCAACGUGUAUUUCCACUGCCGAUUUCUCGAGCUCAACUCACCCAAAGUUGACGGCUACCGGCAGGUGCAAAAAGAUUGCGUGACGCAAAUCAAGGCCAUCUGUCGCAGGGUCAAUCAGGGCCUACUGCUGCGCGACCUGCACGACAAACGGAGCUGCGAUCCGCUGUUGGAGCCAGAAUCAUCGGAAGAUCACAAGUGGAAGGGCAACGAGAGCGGCGCUGACGCGAGCGCGUUGCUCUUGAACAAUCACGGCACGGCUAACGUAACACCCGGCAUGUUUUGCUGUCCAAUCGUGUGCGAGGUGCCGUUUUGUCUGCACCAUCGACUGAAAACCGGUCCCGGCAAGACAGGCUUAUCCCGCGGUAUCAAGGCUCUGCAGACGGUGCUCAAUCGUUUUUCCGUAAACAACAGGGCCAACAUGUUUGUGUAUCAGGAAAACAACGGCAACGUGUUUUACCUGCGCCUACUCGAGCGCACGUACGACGACAGACCGCUUCACAGCAACAAGUUGUCCGAGAGCGAUGAGAAGCUGAUGGUGUCGCGCAGCAAUAGCGCCGCGUCGCUCUCUCAGGCCAAGAGCCUCGGCGUAACGUCGGAUCAGCCCUCGUUCGCUACUGCGGAGGCAGACCCGCUUAGGCCGAGAGUUAGGUCCUUUGGCGAAAGAGAAUCCGAUUUACUCAACAAAUCCGGUGAUUUGAUUGUUCUCAUGGUGCACGGCGUAUCGGAGGUCGGUUCAGAAGUGAGAUGUCAACUCGUGCAAGUCUUGCAAAAUCGCCUGGACGACGCUGUUCUGGAAGUAUUGUCGGUAAUGCUGGCGAGAAACCCUAUGUGCAAACUCACGCCCUCGGAUGUCCACUUCAUUCAACGUCCUUACCGUGCACCCGAGAACGUGAUCCGUUUAUCGGUACAGCAACACUGCCUACGCCACAUGGGAGCUCUCGGAUAUUAUUUGCGCCAAAACAUACUACAAUUUUUGUACACCCCAAAGUACACGGACCCGCGUCAAGAUUCGCACUUUCAAGACUAUUCGCAGCCUGAGGGCUCGAACAAGCGCGUACCCGAGCGCGAUAUUUUUUUGUACAAUCAGAGCCACUCGAGUGGUAGUCGUGGCAUAGCAUGUAUUGCUGUAGCGAUAGUCAACGAUCGGGGUGAUAUCAUUGCCACGGAAAACGAAGAGCUCUUUGGCUCGAUGAUCCCGUCUUGCCCCGGAAUUCGUGAUUUCGAAAAUAUCGUCGCAAGCGAGGUCUAUUGGGGUGAAAAUUGCGAAAAAAAAGAUGCCCAUUUGGCGAGAGCUUACAUCGAGUUUCGCAUAUGGAAGCAGGGGCGCGUGAAUUUGGAAUCGCUCGUACAAAAGCUGAGAGCUGCACUUAAGCACGCCAAUUGGGACCUGAUUACCGAGUAUACUUUUCUGCCGACAGUACUGGCAGAACCCACUGGUAGCGACGAGGAAGAAACUAAUGAAAGAUCGAGUGGUGAUCCUUCGGAACUCGACUGCUACGAAUUAGGCGAAAAAGGCAAGCUAAGCAAAGUUUAUCACACAACGCUGGCAUACUGGUUUCAAUUUGCUUUGGAUCUCUCGGCUCCGGCAAUCAAAAAGCACGUCGUCAAGUUGGAGAGGCAGCACUCCCUACCGGUGAUUCUCAAAGAACUGCAGAACCUCGUGCAGAGUCACGCGCCAGAUACAUCGGUCCAGACUUUUGUGCAGUGGAGUCGACAGCCAUUCGUUGGCACUUUGGACAAGGAUGAAUUGUUACUCGGUAGAUCCACUGAAGUAACGGAUGGAAAUAUUGGUUGGCUAGAAAAAGCUGCUGAGCUUGAGAAUACGGAUGACUCGGUUUUUUUUCUACCUUGCGAUUCAACCAACGAUAAUACGGGAACUUACAUACGUAGUAUUUUGAUAGCAAGAAAUUUCAACCAGUGGAAAGCCUCUUUUAGCGAUAAGGUUAAUGCAGAUCAGCUCAUGCCAAAAGAUCAAAAACUUCUUCAAAAAUUCAACCCGCUCAUCUCAGAAAACUCAUUUGUGCCAAGACAAAGACUUCUACUAGCCAAAGUACAAAGCCAAUACAUUGUUCUUUACGUGUAUAAUUGGUCAAAAGAGCGGUCGGAAAAGCUAAUCAAGCAGAUUUCGAACUUGGGCGUCUGGCUGUCAUCUCGAGCUAUCUUCCAUUCCAAUAUAAUGAUGCAGAAACUCGGUAUUUUUCAUCAUCAGCCCGCGCGAAAGUACAAUGAAGAAGAUCAAAGCAAUUCUCAUUGCUAUCAAAUAUCGGAUAUGGAGAGUUUAGCUAAAUUCUCGACCGUAGCGCACACUGACAAAGACUGGCAGAGAAUAAAUAAUCGCGCGUCAGGGGGUAAAGGUGGCAUCGGACUCUCGUGGAGUCAAUCCAUGACUCAAGUUAUGCGUGAUGUCAAGCCCAGCGGACAGUACCCAGUGAACAUUAGUGAUCCCGUCGUCAAAACUAUUUACGAUUUUCAGGAGGUUCGACACAAAGAUAAGAAAGCUAAAGAUGACUUGAACCGACUGCACACUAUAUGGCAAAGUAGGGGCUCAAUCCCGAAUAUUCCGAUCUCCCAGGCCACUAUGAACACGUUCAAACAACACUCCCGUCUCAUUCAUUACUGUCACACGCCCCUGCUUUUCUUACCGGCUUGGCGGUUACAGUCCACUCCCUGGACUGUGCCACCUUUACAUGUGCAGAGAUUAAGGACCAACAGUAACACUGCCAGCAAGAAAUACAUGACUGAGUGGCACAAUGAAAUAUGCUCAAAUAUGCUCACUGAGUACAAACAGUACCUCCAAGUUCUCGGAUUUAAUCCCAUUCAAAUUGAAUCGCAGAAAAAAAAGGAAAAAGAAACGCCACUCAAUCAAAUAUUUUAUCUCAUUAAAACUAUGCUAGGUGGGAUUUUGAUGUUCGAGAUUCACUUGGCUGAGCCGUUUUUAAUUGUGAAAUUACGAGCGAUCGAGUGCAGUAGAUUACAAGCCAAAUCCAACAGUGCCUUAGUAAACCAGUUCAUGUUAAGUUUCGUGGAUGCCUGUGAUAAGAUAAAAAUUAAUAUGCACCUACAUUCCUUCACCUACGAUUUUCAUUUGCGAUGCAUACAUUCGUACAUAGCUAGUAACAAUAGCGCCCAGUGGUCAGUGAAACGCGGUUACCAUCUCACCAACUUUUUAGACGAUUUUAUCAAGUACUACCACAAAGCGCCAAAUUACGCGAGAAAUUUGAUCUACAGCGGAGACGUAACGGUGAGCAACCUCAUGACACCAGCGCAGACCCUUUUCCAGUACUUGUUGUCGCACGAGCAAGCCUACGGCAUGCAGGUGCUGUCAAUGUCCGACGACACGAACAACGAUCGCCAGCGAAGCGAGUACGUACUCGUCAGGAUGCAGAACACUCCGUUCGUGGGUCAAAACGAUCCCCAGAAGCAGGACACUAAAAGUAGUAACGACUUUGACGUCGUUCUCAUAGUGACUAGGCUGGAUCAGUAUCAACAAACGGACAGUCGCGAUAUCACCCUCAAGUACUAUCUCAUGCUGACGAGCAAGCGGGAGCUCUACCCAAAACGCGAGAUCGAGAACAGCAACAAGAUCGGUAAAUUCCGCACGGUUUACAGUGUCGUUCGGUCGGUGACGAGCUCGCAACUCGAGAGCCCAGCGGACUCGAAUCCUACCUCGAUGACCUCGUCCUCGUCCCUCGCCAAGAGCAAGAGCGAGCAGGCCUUGUUCAGUCCAACGACCGAUUCACCACCGACGCUGGACCAAGGAUUCUCCGAAUUGAACGCGAGCGGAGAAGUGGAAAAGUGCGAGGCCGAUUUGAUGAGUCCAGCACUGGCUCCGACGCCUCCGCCGGUGCCGGAGGCCCUCCUCGUGGUCAAUAACACCAGCAAUCCUUGCUCGAACCGAUACGCGGCCAAUCUCAAUCAGAUUCGCGAAGAGUCGAUCAACUAUCUCGGCUAUUACGCCCCGCACGAGCAGACAAAAGAGCAGCUGAUGAUAGCCCAGGCUAGCGCCGCCCAGCAGCACAUACGCAACAUGGUGGAGCAGGGCGCGUUGCACUGUCGCACUCACUUGCUCUGGAAUCGGCUGUUGGAAAAACGCCUGCCUCCGAUGACCUACGCCGAGUUUGCGGAGCUUCGCUCGCUUGCCUGUACCGAGUCACUAUCGAGUCUCGAUUCGAGGCUGACUCCGAUCGUUCAGCAGCCCAUUUCCUGGUAUCAGGGCUUGGUCAAAGUUUUGCAGAACAAGUAUCAGGAGUACCACAAACAAUUUAAUGCGCCUGACGGUAACGUCACUCACCACAUCAUCCUACAUCCAAAGUAUAUCCAGGCUUUUAUGAUGCUGACCAUCGAUUUGCACACGUCUCGAGGGGAAAUAUACGCGGUUUACACGAAAUCGGAGCAAUCUACCGGUAAAUCGUUCACAAUGGGAGAUGUUUACAGUUUGAUAGAAGACUUUGUCAAUGCCUGUUGUUUCCACCUUUGGUUGGGAUUGUAUUCUUGA